AUGCAAAUUCAAUUUUUAGCGAGAAAUUUAGCUGGGAGUAAAUCAUCGAAUACUGUACAAUUGGAACGAGAAUUGGACAGGGUUCGCAGUUACCGAGACACGUUAGUUAGUGGUGAAUUGUCGUGGAAAGACGCCACGUUAUUCGCCCAAGACUCUGCGGAUUAUAGCCGUACAGCAUAUAAUAGUUGGCAUUCACUGCGGACCGAAGAAGACGAAUCCACACGAUUUCGUCAAGCAUUGAAAACUAGAGAUUCGAUGCACCAAGCUGCUCUAUGCGUUCGGAUGGCACAGACCAUGUUGCCCGGUGUUCAAUUCCCGUAUUGUACUUCAAGAGAAGUAUUUGCUAUUCUACAAGUAAUCGAAUACUUGUUUACUGAUUUGCAAGUUUCCGAAAGGUUUGGUCAUGCUCUCGAAGUUUAUAAAAGCUUUAACAAAAGAGCGACGGCAUUGACUCAGUGGCUAAAACAGACCACGGAUGAAACAAUUCAUAAAGAUGUAGAAGAAGUGGACGAGCGUAUCAAUGAUUUGGCUAACACACUGAGCCAAGAAAGAACAAUGAUCAGGACAGAGUUUCGGGAGACCAAUCCAGAACGGUACAACAUACUAGGAUCUCACCAACGCAUUGUUACCAAAUGGCUAAGCGAUACUAUAGGACCUAAAAAAGAAUAUAUUGAUCUGCAUUCAAAAUUUCGUUUAUAA